CCAGCAUUCAGGAAAUAGCAGUCUCUGGCUUUGUGUUAAAGGGUGGAGGGGGCAGGUAUAGGAAGUUGCUCUACAGCCUUGCUGUGUGCCCUGCACCUUGUUGGCUGGAACUGUGUGCUACCACCUUGUGCUGCAUGCCUAGCUCUGUAUUUCUUUUGCUUUUAUGCUUUCCCCAUUAAAACUAGAAGAGAGGGUCAUGGAUAUGGGUGUUCCAUUCCAGUUCUCUCUGUGGGGUAAUCUCUCUGGUUGGUAGCAACAUUUGGUACAGCCUUUACUAUGGGAGUAGAAGUAGUAUAGCUGCAACAGCUGAGUAGUGAGCUGUAGGAAUGGGAUUUUUGUAGGAGUUGUAAAGCUGUUACAUAUGGGUAGCAAGCUGCAAGUCUGAUAUAUAUCAAGAGGCUAGCAUUCUGGAGCCUUGUUUUGAAGCUGCUGUUCUGACUUGCAUCUGUAUAACAAAAGUGGUUGAGCCCAUCUGUUUAUCCAUCACCACCAUAUCUCUGAGAUUGUGAAACCUGGACAUCUGAAACUUGGGGUGCAUAUUAAGGUGAACUGAUGUAUAUAACAGAUGUAUAUAACAGGGUUACUUUUUAGCACAUUCAUUAAUUUAAAUGUAUCUCUAUGCUUGAAGCCUGCUGUACUUCUUCAGUCACUAGUAGCAGACUUUCCUAACCAGCUAUGUACUUCAUAUAAUUUGAAUUUGGAGCAAAUUAGUAGAUUUACUAAGGGACAGACCUUUCCCUACCCCUUUCCUUCUGUGAGACGAGGUCCUCUUCAGAGCAGUGGAGUGUACAGAUCUCUUCAGCAUUUCCCAUUGCUUGGAGCAGAUGUCUCUAACCAGUACAUAUUUUUGUUGUUAAUUCAGUUUGAAGCCAGGAGUGAUUAGUCAGCUAAAAAACUCAGUUAUUUACCUGUUUCCUUCCUUUUUCUAAGGAAUGGACACAGCCCUUCCUUUCUGAGCUCCAGGAGUGCACUUCACAGGGAUUGUUCCCAGGGGAAUAAAAGCAGCGGCUUAUAACAAAAUGAGAAAACAUCCACCAAACAGAAGAGGUAUCAGCUUUGAAGUGGGAGCCCAGUUGGAAGCACGAGACAGAUUAAAAAACUGGUAUCCAGCUCAUAUUGAAGAAAUUGAUUAUGAAGAAGGAAAAGUGCUUAUCCAUUUUAAACGAUGGAAUCAUCGUUAUGAUGAAUGGUUUUGUUGGGAUAGUCCUUAUUUACGUCCUUUAGAAAAAAUACAAUUAAGAAAGGAAGGAUUGCAUGAAGAAGAAGGCUCUUCUGGAUUUCAUAUAAAUGAUCAGGUGUUGGCUUGCUGGUCUGAUUGUCGUUUUUAUCCAGCCAAAGUUACUUCUGUUAACAAGGAUGGUACUUAUACUGUGAAAUUUUAUGAUGGUGUAAUUCAGACUGUCAAGAAUAUACAUGUCAAAGCUUUUUCCAAAGAUCAGUCUAUUGUGAGUAAUCCAAGACCUAAGGAAAGAGGUAAUGAAAUCCCUUCAUCUCCAGAAAGAUGGGAAAAAUUUAAAGAACAGACAAAAGCAACCGAUAAUAAUAAAAAAGACAAGGAUGAAAAGACGUUAAAAGUUGAGCGAAGAUCUAAGCCUGAUAAAGAAGGAAAGCUAAUAGUUCCUUCAGAAAAAAGUAAGGCAUCUGAAAAGGCUUUGCCUAAGGAUGGGAAAGAAGACAAAGAGAAUAUAUCUGAAAAUGAUAGAGAAUUCUCAAUAGAUACACAGAUAGAAAAGAAACCUGAAAAUGAUAAUGUGAAGCCCCCACCAGAAAACCUCAAAGAAACGAAAAGACGUCGUGGUAGACCACCUGUGGUGCCUCCAACAGAACAAGGCUCUCAAACUCUCCAGCCAAUAACUUUAGAACUGAGAAGGCGGAAAAUACCUAAAGGAGGAGAAGUUCCUUCAAAACGUCCCAGACUCCAGAAGAACAUGUCGCAAGAAAAGUUGAAAAAUGGUUCGGACAAUGAAAAUUCGAUCAAGAGGCGAUCGAGACAUUCUACAAGUAGUAGUCAUGACACUUUAGACACUGAUGUUAUCACACCACUGUUGGAUGAAAGUCAACAUUUAAAAGAGCUUGAAUCUAGUCCAAAAGAAAUCAAUGAAGGUCCCUUAGAUGUAUGUAUUCAGUCUGACCGAAAGAUAAGUGAAGAAUUACUUCUCUCUUCAGAAGAAGUAUCUCAGACUCCAGUAGAUGACAGCAGAUUAAAGGACGAGGACAUAACAGAGUCUUCUUCUAUGCUUGAAUUGCCAGAGUUUUCAGAUACUUCAGUUACAGUGACCAGUGCUUCUAAGAGAAACGAUGAUUUUACUGCUGCAAAGAGUAUAAUUGAGCAUGAACCCAAAUUUAGAUGCAAGUUCUUGGACUGUUCCAAAUCUUUUCGGAAAGCCAAACUGCUACAUUAUCAUAUGAAGUAUUUCCAUGGGAUUGAGAAAUCACCAGAGCCACAGCAGAAUCUGGCAACAAGAAAUAUUCAGACAAGAGGUUCUUUAGCUUCUGAAAAAGCCAAUCAGGAAUGUUCUAACAGAAGGCGAACUACAUCUGGUAGUUUGUCUUCUAAAGAGAAGGAGAAGAACAAAGAGAAGAAACCCAGAGACAUUGUAAGAUCAAAAUCAAAAAAGAAGAAGAAGAAGAAGAAGAAACCAAAAUCAGAACAUUCAGGGAGUGAAGAAAAUGUUGAUUUUUCCCAAGAUCUUUCUUCUCCGAGAUCAGCCAUUGCAACAAGAUAUAAUUCAGCAAAUCGAACUGGUGCGCAUCUAAAUACACAACUACAUGGCUCUGAUUCCGGGCAUCGUAAAAAUAAAUUGAAAAUAAAUGAGGAUGAUACCAUGAGUGAGUCAUCUGCAGAUAGUUUGCAUUGGAGUGAUGAUGACUGCAGUCGCGACAUUGAUGUCACAACUAAUCCUGAUGAGGAUCUUGAAGAUGAUGAUAAUGACUUUGAAAUAGUUCGGUGCAUUUGUGAAGUGGAGGAAGAAAAUGACUUUAUGAUUCAGUGUGAAGAAUGUCUCUGUUGGCAGCAUGGAGUUUGUAUGGGUUUGUUAGAAGAGAAUGUACCUGAAAAAUAUACCUGCUAUAUUUGUCAAGAUCCUCCAGGUACAAAGAUUUCUAAAGUUGCAGAAUCUUCUAAUAGUAAACGUUCCAGCUUGAAGUACUGGUAUGAGAAGGAGUGGCUUUGCAAUGGUCACAUGCAUGGCUUAGCAUUUUUGGGAGAAAAUUAUUCACAUCAGAAUGCUAAGAAAAUAGUAGCUACACACCAGCUUCUUGGUGAUGUGCAAAAAGUAAUAGAAGUGCUACAUGGACUUCAACUGAAGAUGAGCAUCUUGCAAAGCAAAGAGCAUCCCAAUUUGAAACUCUGGUGUCAGCCAUGGAAGCAUCUUGAAGUAGAAGAAAAAUCAAAUUCCACACACCUCAUUCACAUUGAAGAAAAUUGUUGUAAAGAGGAGACCACAAGUUACAGAACUUUUAAUGGAACCAUUGAGAAACCUUCAACCAUUCCUUCUGUAGAAGAGUCUUAUAUCACUAGUGAACAUUGUUACCAAAAACCUCGCGCCUACUAUCCUGCUAUAGAACAGAGACUUGUUGUAGAAACAAGAAAUUCAGACAUAGACGAUGGUGUCAAUCGGAUUAGAGAGAAUGGAGAUGAUACUGUAGUGGAAAGAUUAGGAUGGGAGCUGGAUAGAGAAAUACGCAAGGUGGAAAAUGAGUCAAAACAUAAUUACUCUAAGGUAAGAGAAAAAGUCACAUCAGAAGAAGAUAUUGAAGUGAAACUGCUGGAAAAAGAGAAGGAAGGAGUUGUGAAUUCUCAGCUGCAAUGGCAGUUGAACCUUUUAGCUCAUGUAGAGUCUCUGCAAGAUGAAGUUACUCAUAGGAUGGAUUUAAUUGAAAAGGAAUUGGAUGUUUUAGAGAGCUGGUUGGAUUAUACCGGAGAGCUGGAACCACCAGAACCACUAGCUAGACUACCCCAACUUAAACAUUGUAUAAAACAACUCCUUACAGACUUGGGCAAAGUACAACAAAUAGCACUUUGCUGUUCAACAUGAUGUUGGAGACUUCUACAGGAUGGCUGGAGCAUACCACAAGAUGAGCACUCUCUGUUUAAGUGGAUUAGCAUGCUUGCUGCAUGUUGAUACAGAACUGACUUCAGGGAAUUGUAUAGGGACAAGGGUUACUCUUCAGAGAAGUAAUGAGAUUGCCCUUAUUUUUGUUUGUUUGGCUUUGCUAGGCAUUUUUAACAUUAUGGAAAGGGAUUUAUUCAGACGCUAAGAGCAGGCUGACAAUAGACUUUUCAUUCCUUGUAUCAAGUUGUUGAAUUAAACAUUAAUGUUCUUCGCAUAUAUACACUGACAAAAUUGUGCCACUGGAGAACAAAGUUCUAAGAGCCAAAAAUGAUUAGUUGACCAAGGCUGUAAAUUACAUUCUGCAUAGUUUAUUUAAGUGAAUAGUGUACCAGAUGGAGUCAUACUUUAUUCAAAUGGUUUAUGCAUAACCACAGUAUUUAAUCAAUAGAAAAUAUUAUUUUCAAGCCUAGCAAGUAUGAAUGUCUAAUUUUAUUGUAAACUGUUACAAGAGUUGGCAGAUAAUGACCUGAAACUUGUCUACUAUUUUAAAUAGAUGUAGUAGAAGGUCACAACUUGGUUGCACUUCUCUUACUAGUAAAUGAUUGUUUUCCAUAUUUAUCAUGUCAUUGUAGCAUGACUUUUAUGGUACUGGGAAACCCAUUUAUGUUGUACUUCUGUGCAUUCUUGAAUUUCUAAAUCUGACCAUGCUGUGCCUCCCAUGACCUAGUGCUGAUGCAACACCCUUAUGGAAGAGUACAGAACAGUCUGUGAGGUAAAAGGUAUACUACACAAAUACAGAUUUAGCCAUGGUCCGUGAUAGACACAGAGUAGUUUUCUAUCCUACUGUUAAUAAUUGCCAUUCCGGUUAUAGUUUAAAAUGUAGUCUUUUACAUAUUAUAAACUUUCUCAUUGUAGAGACUUGUAAAUGUGUGGUUUUGGGAAUCAGUUUAUUUUAUAUUUGUGUAAAUGAAGCCUCAAGAUCUAUGCAUGAGGUACUGUCCCUAAAAGCAGUGGGACAUUAUGUUAAACAGUAUGUUUUCAAAAUCCCUUUUGUACUCUUCAUUUUUAGUUUUCUUAUUUGUAUUAUUUGUGAGAACAAAGUGAAAAUGCUGCUUAAGUUGAAGCUUAUACAUUAUACAGUACCUUUUGAAAACAUUGGUGUAUUGUAAGUAUUUGAUAUGUUUAAAAAUGCAUUUGCCUGCAGAUCUUAUUUCCAUCAUUGUUUUUUUCUUUUUUUGUUAGAUAACAUCUGGGACAAAAGUUAACUUUGAGGUAGACAGGAGUGGACUAUUUUUGCAUUGAGGGUGUUCUGAAUGUUGGAAUUUGUAUUACCUUGGUAACAAAAUUCUGGUUUUGACACCACCAAAGUUUAAGAUUAAAGCACAUUUGUGAGUUGAAGACCUGUUAAGUGUACAAAUUGAUAAUUAUGGAUAUAAAUCUGUAAUGUUUAUAUGCUGCAGAAUUAUGUAAAUUUCAGUUAGCCAAUGUUUGUCACAGAAGUAACAAUGACUACAAUUAACAUUUUGACCAGCUGAUUUCUUUCUCAAAUAAUUUCUACACUAUUCAGAGUUGAAACAAAGGAUUUUGUGCCAAGACUAAUUUCAGGGAAAAAUUUGUCUCCAAUUCCUUGGCACUUAUUGGUUAUGAGUGUAACAUCUGUACAGCAGAUAAAACUUAUUUUGCUGUAAUAAUUUGGAAUAAAGCUCAUGUGAUCAUUAAAUGACAA